UCACUACUCUUUCAGCAGCGAGACAUACAUAAUGGCAGGCCGCCGUGUAGCCGUGAAGGCCAUUGACUGGUUGGCGUUUGCCGAGAGGGUCCCACCCAACCAGAAGAGCAUGUUCAAUGCUCUGAAGACUCGCAGUGAUGCCAUCGCUGCCAAACUGAGCUCCCUGCCAGAGACUGCUGCAGCCAUUGACUGGAGUCUCUACCGGACCACGGUGGCCAAAGCUGGGAUGGUUGAUGAUUUUGAGAAGAAGUUCAAAGCCCUGCAGAUUCCUCAGCCUGUGGACACACAGACCUCCGCCAUCAACGCACAGCAGAUUGAAACUGAUAAAGAUGCUCUAGCCUACAUUGAAGCUUCUAAGGCCCGCGUUGCUGAACAUGAGAAAGAGCUGGCUAAAUUUAAGGACAUGAUUCCAGUCGAUCAGAUGACCAUCGACGAUCUCAACGAUUACUUCCCCGAGACCAAAUUGGACAAGGAAAAAUAUCCCUACUGGCCCCACCGGCCCAUUGCGAGCCUGUAAUCAUAUUACUGGCCACUCGCCCAUCAAUAAAGUUUAUGUAUUUGGAAGAGAA